UCAUGACGUCACUCGUCCUCGUGCACAGUUUUUCCUGUUCCGCCAAGGUCACGUGACUUAGUGGUUCCUAGUAUUCCGGAAUAAGGGUGAUACGGAGGCUGAGCGGGGUCAUCUGCGCUUCUGUACGGCGAUAUCCAGAUGAACGGUGCAGGAUUCUCACCUCCCGCAGCAGAGAUGGCAGAGAUUAGUCGGAUGCAAUAUAAUAUUGAGUAUACAGAAGGCAUCAGCCAGAGAAUGAGGGUCCCAGAGAAGCUUCAAGUCGCUUCAAGCAACACAGAAGCGGAAUCCAAUCUCAUGGCUGAUGUUCCUAUGCCUGGUGUCAUCAUGCAGGUUCCUGAGAGAAUUGUUGUGACAGGUCAAAAUGAGGAAUCAUCUUUUUCAAGGCCGGCAGAUCUGGAUCUUAUUCAGGCAACCCCUUUUGAACCAUUAGCACUGAAGACUCCACCUCGGGUAUUGACUCUCAGUGAGAGACCACUGGACUUCUUGGACUUAGAAAGACCUACACCAGUCACUCCCCAAAAUGAUGAGGUGCGAGUCACGGGACGGCAGAAGAGAGAGCGCUCAAUCAGUGACAGCACUGUCAGACAUAAUGGACAACUGGUUCGAAAUGACUCCAUCCCAACUCCACCUGCCCCCACAGGCCGCCCGAACCUUGCUCCCUCACUCCCCGCAGAUGGAGCAGAUCUUUUCUCUGGCCGUGGCAUUCUGUCGCUCAUCCAGACCUCCACCCGCAGGGCUUAUCAGCAGGUCCUCGAUGUGCUGGAUGAAAAUCGCAGGCCAGUCUUGCGUGGAGGGUCUUCAGCCUCUGCUCCUCCUCCUUCUCAUCAUGAUAAUCCAAGGUAUACAGUUACAUCAUUGGAUUCCACCAUGGAUGGUACACCAGAGGACCUGUCAUUGGUGGAUGCAGCUUCACUUAGAAGACAGAUUAUCAAGCUGAACAGACGCCUUCUCCUCCUGGAAGAGGAGAACAAGGAGCGGGUCAAGAGAGAAAUGGUAAUGUACUCCAUCACUGUGGCCUUUUGGCUCCUGAACAGCUGGUUCUGGUUCAGACGUUAAGAUCUUGCCACCGAUCCCACAAGAAACUGCACAGAGAUCACACAGAGAGACCCACCUAACCUUACAACAACACAGACAGCAGUGGGAGAGACCCAAAUCCCCAGCAAACAUCAUCAGUCUACUAUGGGAAAAAUACUUGGCAUGGCUUUCCUCCAGCGGUGCCACAAAAGAGCAUAUUCACUUCUGGCUGGGAUUGGGUUAAUGUAAAAUGUGUGUUUUUUAUUGUCUAUAUUCUGCUGGAGUGAAGUCUGUGUUGUCUCUGAAGGCCGCCUUUAUACAUACAGCAUGCAAGAACCAUUCCUGAUAUAUAAGACUCCUGAACUUCUAUAGUUUUCUGUAAUAAACUGCGGGCCGGGGUGGAGAGGAAAAUAUCGUUACAGCAUGGGGAUGGGGGAUGGGGAGGGGUCAUAGAGAAAGUUCUAGAUUUUGAUGUCGAAUGAAUCGCAACUAAGAAAAAAAGCCAACUUUCUAGCACAAUAAAGCUACAGUAUGUUUUAUAUAAAUAUAGAUGUGACAGAGCUGAGGUUGUGAUUUGCCGGUUUAACAUUAGAGUUGCGCAUAUGAAGCAGUUUUAGUCUGUAAAUGAUUUCCAGCUCUGCUACAUCUGUAAUUGUGUUUGUAUAUACAGAGUUUCUUGUGACAUUAGUAUUUAUGAAACCUUUACAUUUUUAAAGGACCCUUCUUAGUGACACAUUCAACAUAGUACAGCUAAUUUUGGGUAUGCUUUAUUGACAUUUUGGGGUUGCCCAGAAGUGGGCAUCCCAUUUAAAGAGGUUAUUCUACCAACAACACUUAUUCUCUAUUCACAGGAUAGGGAUUAAAGGGGUAUUCCAGGAAAAAAACGUAUAACAUUUAUAUCAACUGGCUCCAGAAAGUUAAACAGAUUUUAAAAUUACUUCUAUUAAAAAAAUUCUUAAUCCUUUCAAUAAUUAUCAGCUGCUGAAGUUGAGUUGUUGUUUUCUGUCUGGCAACAGUGCUCUCUGCUGACAUCUCUGCUUGUCUCGGGAACUGCACAGAGUAGAAGAGGUUUGCUAUGGGGAUUGGCUUCUAAACUGGGCGGUUCCCGAGACAGGUGUCAUCAGAGAGCACUUAGACAAAAAAGAACAACUCAACUUCAGCAGCUCAUAAGUACUGAAAGGAUUAAGAUUUUUUUAAUUGAAGUAAUUUACAAAUCUGUUUAACUUUCUGGAGCUAGUUGAUAUAUAAAAAAAAAAGUUUUUUUUCCUGGAUAACCCCUUUAAGGGGGAGAUUUAUCAAAACUUGUCCGGGGGGGACAUUGCUGAGUUGCCCAUAGCAACCAGUCAGAUUGAUUCUUUCAUUUUUCACAGGUCUUUUCCAGAAAUGAAAGAAGCGAUCUGAUUGGUUGCUAUAGGCUACAGGUUUUGAUAAAUCUCCCCCUAAGUGUACAAUUCUGGGUGGGUGGGGUCUGAACCAUUGGAAAAGGGUGGUGGUCAUGUGCACACUGGCACUUCAUACAUUGUGUAUGAGACAUGAUGUGCUUGGCUGUCUUUAGCAGUCCCAUAAACAGGACUUAGAAUAGCAGUGUGCACGUGUGAUUGCUGCUCUGUUCCUCUAGGAGAUUUACGACUAGAGAUGAGCGAACUUACAGUAAAUUUGAUUCGUCACGAACUUCUCGGCUCGGCAGUUGAUGACU